AUGAUUGAAGGAAUACCAACAACCUCAGUCCUAGUUCUAGGAUUGAUACUCCUCCCAAUCCUACUCCUCCCAAUCCUACUCCUCCCUCAAUUGAAGGGAUGGAUCAGCAAUGGCAAAUCAUCACCAGGAAAUCUACUUCCACGCUUACGUCUAUGGAGCUGGGGACCCAAGCAAUCCAGCGAGAUCAUCUCGUUAUGGAUGUACCCAAUUAAAUCGUGUCGGGGAUUCGAAGUGCAGCAAGCCACAUUAAAAGAACACGGACUCGCGCUAGAUCGACGCUGGAUGGUAAUUGAUUCAUCCAAGAAAAACGAGUUCAUCACCAUUCGUCAAAAUGCCAAAAUGACACUUAUCAAAACUGGACUUAGUGAUGAUGGUCAAGAACUUAUCAUUUCGAUUCCAAGUCCAGAAUCAGAAUCUCCAUCUACUACCAAGAUGAACUCCAUUCCUAUCGAAAAAACAUACACAACAACAAUUCGAAUCCCAGCAUACCCGACCCAGGAAUGGCUUCAAGCGAACACGAAAAUCGCAAAUGUAAAUAUCUGGGGCGAGGAUACAGAUGGUUACAUCUAUGCUGAAAAUAUCAACGCCGUCUUCUCUUCUUUAUUGGAUCGUCCUGUCGCUCUAGUCUACAAGGGUCCUACGGCACGUAUUGUCCAAGGAAAUGGUGCACCAAAAGUGAUCGGUCGCGUUCAAACAAUCGGGUUUCCGGAUGAAUUCCCAGUCCUCAUUGCUUCUGAGGCCUCGUUAAAGGAACUUAAUACAAGGCUUAGAGUUGCGAAUGCGGAUCCGAUUACUGUUGAGCGGUUUCGCCCGAAUAUUGUUGUGAAGGGACAGAAGGCUUGGAGUGAGGAUUUGUGGAAACUUGUUCGGAUUCGAGAUGCGGAUGCUAAUCCUAACUCUGGUGCUGGGUUGAAGAAUUCGCCGCUGGUUAUGGAUAUCGUGACGAGGUGUGGAAGGUGUCAGGUUCCGAAUGUUGAUCCUGAUUCGGCGGUUAAGCAUAAACGUCAACCGUGGGAUACGCUUAUGUCGUAUCGCAGGGUGGAUCCGGGGUUGAAGUAUAAGCCUUGUUUUGGGAUGAUGGCUGCGCCGAGGAAUGAGGGGGUUAUUGAGGUUGGGAUGCGGGUUGAGGUUUUGGAGGAGACUACUCAGCAUCGGUAUAUGAGUGGACUUUAA